AUGUCCUUUGCCGAGACUGUAGUGAGUACUACUUUUGCUAGAGAUAUUGCUGGUGGAAGUGCCUCAAGAACUUUAAAUACGGCUGCUAGCAGCACACCAAGCUUAACACAGAUAACAGUGGUAGGAACUGGCCGCACCCAAGACACUAGCACAACUGCGCCUGAUGCAAAGGUGUACAAAGGUUAUGUUAAUCCGCAUGAAGCAACGUCUGUUUUGCCCACACGACUGGAAGAAGGAACAGUAUCCAGACCUUCUCAACUAGAGGAGAGAGUGAAAAAGCAAAGGAAAAUAUUGAUUGAAUUGGCUCAAGAUAUCCAUCAUGGAUCCAAGGUGAGCAAGUUA